AUGGUGUUCGUUCAUGUUGCAAGUGACACACGUUCCCGUAACUCAUGUCCAAUUCAUUCGGACAGAUUGGAAGUGGAGAUUAAAACUGGAGAUGAACCGUUAGCUGGUACGGAUUAUAGUAUUAAUCUUCUUGUUCGUAGCGGCAACGGUCUGGUUUGUAAAGCAUAUGAUUUGGAUAAUUGGGGCAAUGACCGUGAGCGCAAUAGCAUGGAUAGAUACACCAUUUGUUGUCCGAAAGGAUUCUUAGAUAGCAAUGCAGAUAUCCGUAUGUUCGCCUUGAGCUACCCAUCACGUCCAGGAAAACGUGGCUACGUAAAUAUUAAUGAUUGGCUUAUUGAGCAUGUCGCAAUAAAAGUAAAUGGUCGAAAUAUUUUCACUUAUCGCUUCGACUCUUGGACAUCACCUUGGAAACAUUGGGUGUUUGGCGUGUCCAAAGUCAAUGAAACAUCCUAUGUUCGUUUUUAA